UGCAGUCUUGAAAAGGUAAAGGUUCAUUGUUGACUGGUUAUUUUGUCAUUAAAUUAUUUCCACAUCUGUCUUUGAUAUAGAUUGUGGUAGUUUUCCUCCUGUCCUCUUAUGUUUUAGAUCUGUGGUGGACUCAUCAUCAUCAUCUCCUUGGCUCUGCUGUCUCCGUCGCUGGACGACUUGCAUGGAGGAGAAGACGUUGAAGUUCAGAGAACCAGUCACUACACUACAGUUGUCCUCUACAUCGCUGGCUCUGUUAUCAUGGCGAUCGCCGUCUUGGGAGCCUAUGGAGCCUUUAAGAAGAACCGGGUAACUCUGACUGUGUUCCUGGUGUGUACGGUCAUUGGAAGUCUGCUGAUGCUCCGAGCUGGAGUCUCUGCUGCCAAAGCCCGACCCAAGUUGGCGAGUGUGAUGGAGGAAAGGUGGCGUUCGUUUCUUCCACUGGAUCAGGCUUCAGACGACAUCAAGAAUCAGGCUGAAGCUCUGCAGAAAUCACUGCACUGCUGUGGCCUGUUCAGUCAUGAGGACUGGAACGGGAACAUCCCCGGCUCCUGUCUGUGCAACCGGGAGGAGGAGCUGCAGGGAAAGUGUCACUCCAUCAGAUACGGAAACUUUGUGUUCAACCUUUUCUGGGAGAAGAAGUCUGUCUUCAGACAGAACUGCUUCCCUCUCCUCCUGUCCUCUGUUACAAGAAGUGCUAACAUCAUACUGGGCGUCUUCUUCACUCUGUUCGCCCUGGCGCUGCUGGGCUCGGUGCCGUCUUCACUGAUGAUCUACCAGAUGUACAACACCUCCGACAGGCCGAACAUGCCGCUGUUUGUACCAGUGAUGUUCAUCGACCAGCCGCCUGCCUACCAGCAGCUGGACAACCUGGCAGAGUAGGCGGCUUCAGAACUUAAACCAUGAUGCGAAACAGCUUCAAGAUAUUCCUCUGCUUUUCUUUUACCUUAGCCAAGAUGGUGCGAGGAGGACUGGACUGUUUGUUGAGGGUCCAAAUACUGAUGAUAAUCAGAAAUAAUAACUAAUUAAAAUAGCUUUUAUAUAUAUAUAUAUAUAUAUAUAUAUAAAGGGCAUGAGGUUCAGGCUGCUCCAGAAGCUUCUAGCUCUCUCGGUGUCUGAACUACUGGGAUCCCACAUGAACAGAAUUUAAGUCUGAUGAAAGUUGUUUGUUUGUUUGUAUGUUGCUUAUUUAGCCAUGAAUGUUUAAUGUUAAUAGAGAAAAACGUAGGAGUUUUAAAAGGAGUGCAAAUGUAAACAUGUCAGGAAAAUAAAGAGUCGAUUUGC